AAUCGCUCAGAUUUAUGACACGUUUGUCACUAUAUUAAAAUAAUCAUGUAAUUGAAAUUUUCGCUUCAAAUAACCCGACAUCAUUACUCGUCAUGAAAACAGCAUUUAGCAGCCAAAUUAUUAAUGGAAAAUUCAGCAUCCUCAUUUCAAUCGAAUUACGCCAUCGGUAUAAAACGAAUUUAUGUCUGGGAAAAUGGAGACUUUAAUGGAAAUGGGAGUGUUCUGGUUGUAAAUUCAAGGCUGUACAGAUCAUGGACCGCAAUUUUGACUCUGAUAACAAGCGUUUUAAAGCCCACGUUUGGAACUGUGAGAAAUUUGGUUUGCUUGAGUAAUCGAGAAUUUGUGCGCUGUUUCGAGUCUCUAGAGUCUAAUGGAAAGUAUGUUGCUCUUGGGACCGAAAAGCUUAAACAGACCAAGGACUGUUAUAAAACUGCCAAAGAGAAACAGAAUUUACUCUUAUCAACAAUUAGGCCUCUGGGGGUAAAUUGUGAUGAAGAAAUUGGCAAAAGUCCAAAAGGAAAAAAUGACCACAUCAUCAUAUUUGUUCUUGCAAAUGGUACAACUGAAGUAACUCCUUGCAAGAUCAUCCUAACUGAUGCUGAUUUACGCUCAUGGGACGCGAUUCUCAAUCUAAUCGCACAGAGGCUGGAUAUUCCUGCAGGAAUUCAAAAUUUAUUUACACCUACUGGCGAUGCCAUUAAGGAUCCUCGAGCAUUUCGAAAUGGCGAUAUUUAUGUAGCUGUUGCCGCAAAUGAGGAGUUUAUCAAUUUAGACUAUUCCAAAGUGUACCCGUAUAUUUUUCCAAAGAAAGAGACUGGCAAAAACCAAAUUACCGAAUUAGGAGAACUUUCGCAAAUAAUUCACGACCCCAUAAUAGUAAAUGUGAUGCAAAAAUGUAACUAUAACGUGGUCAGCAAAUCCAGAUCUGACGGUUUAACGAAUAUUAACAGUUCCAAUCGAUAUGGACCUAUUUGCUCAGGAACUAAACGAAGACGUGCUGAAGCUGUUUCAGCUCUAGAUAAUGAACGCAGUGAGAAUUGUACGCAAUGGACCAAAGACAACUCUUCAACUGAAACCCUUAGCGAAAUUGAAUGUCCAAAUAUUCAGCGAAACGAAAAAUUGCCCAGAAAACCUGUAGGAAAAAAGAAGAGCAUUCCGUCAGCGUGUCUGAAAUCCUCUCACAAUUUCGGAAAGCUCUCAGUGCAAAAAACAGUAAAUAAUAACGUGCUCAAAUGCCGAAACCCAUGCCCUGGUUAUAGAAAGAAAACCUUAAAUAGCAAUAAGCAACCAGUUUUCAAAAAGUCUUCAGAAAUAUGUCCCAAACUGCAACCGGCCAAAAUGGUUCAACCCAAAGGACCAAUACCACGUUCGAUUUCUGAGAAGGAAGCAAAUAACACAAAGCUUGAGAAAUGUGGCUGUUUGCAAUCAUCAAAAACGCAACACGAAAAUAUUUUCAAUAGUCAUAAAGCAGAAGUUUCUUCCUGCCAGUUUGAACACAAUCGUAGUGAAACCUCAUUUUCAGUUGAUGACUUACCAGAUUUCUGCUGUCGUGAUCAUAGUGAGUUUGGCAUAGAAGGACAAGAGGAGAACGUUGUUUUAAGACAAGCUGAAAGUGUUAGUGUAAGUUGUGAGUUUCCAUCCAUAAAGAUGUUCCACAAAUCAGUGGAUACUGGAGAUUCAGAACUAACAAAGCCAAAGAGCAAAAACGCAAAUGUAGGAGUGGCUGCUUGCGAACCAACCUUUGAAAAAUCCACCACGGCACGCUCAAUACAGUGCAAACUUGGUUGUUGUAGAAACGUUGACAGGAAAAAAGAAAUUGAGGAGGAAAUCUCACUUACAAAUCUAAGAGUUAAAAGAGAAUCUGGAAUACCUAUAAAAAAAUCAUGUUGUCACAGCAUUCGUUCCUCACCUGCCAAAAUUCCUCAGAAAAAACCAAAGCGAAAAUGUAUCCUUAGCCGGCUAUGCUCAAAAAUAGCUAAACAACCAGAUACAUCGGACGCCUGCACUGAAUCAUAUCAGGAAGUUGAACAUGAAUCGAUCCUCAACUGUCCAGCAAAAGAGUUAAAAAUCCAACUCGGAAGGCAAAGGAAGAGCAAAAUGUGCCAUGAAACCUGCUCAGAAAAUGCGCAGUUGCCCAUGUCUUUAAACAGCCGAGUCCAGACUCAGAAAAAGCACGAAAUAAAAAACUACAGUGCCAAUAAUACAACAUGCAUAUGCAAACAUAAAGAAACUGCUACAAAAAGUCAGAUAAUAACUCAGAAGGACUUGCAAAUGGAUGAUGAUGUUCAGAGAUCGAGUAAUAUCAUCGGGGAGUCACAGCUAGUUGUUGAAACGCAGCAAACACGCUCCCUAAAUUCAACUUUAAAGCUUCAGUGCCCAUCCGUGAAAAGAAUUGGCACAAAAAUGGCUGAAGAAAUGAAAUCGACAUCUUGCAAAAUUAACAAAUUGAAAACAGCUAACAUACCUACACUGAGUCAUAGUAAAAUAAUGUGUAAAACUAGUCAGCACUGUGGCUGCGACGACAUUGGUAAAACUGAAUGCUCGAGCUUCGGCGAUUUUCUCCUUCAACCGGGAAAAUCUGCAUCUUCUAAACUAGUUCAAUCUCAGUCAGUAGCGAUUUCGCUGCCAACAUCUUCAAUUGAAAAUAUUCCAACUAGUUCAAAGUCUGCUAAUAUACCAAGUUGCAGCAAUGUCCCAAAAGUAUCAUACAAGGGAAAAUUGAGUGGUGAGAAGGUUUCCUCGAAAACUAAAUCUGAGUCAGCCACUGGAAGAAUCACAUGCCCACUCACCACAGAGGAAGAAGAUAAAGAAGAGAGUGCUUCAGCGGAGCUGAAGGCAAAGAAACAUUUUUGUACACUCGACUCAUGCGUGUUAAAGGAGAAGAAAGUUGAAAAGCGAUGCAUUUCAAGAGUCCACUCUGAUUCUUCUGGUGUCAACAUCCCAAGCGCUUGUGGCGUUGAGAUUAAUUCCAUCAUUUCUAAAGCUGAAGAUUCUGAAGUAAUCAUGCCUCCAUCAAAAGUGCAAACAAUUACUAAAAAUGAAAAUGAACAAAGUUCAGAAGUAUUUUCUACAUGUAUGAAUAGUUGCGGAUCGGGCAAAUUAAAACGAGUCCUGCUGCCUGCGAAAAGUCGGGGAACCGAUCCAAUCAAAGAUCUUGUCCCUGAAUAUCGGCAAAUCGGUAUAUCGACUGAUCGUGUUCCACUGAUCGAAGAGCAUUCAACAAGGGAGCAAAAAGAUAUUGAAAAAUGCUGUUCUGUAGAUGAGAAAUGGAUUAAAAUUGUUGAAUCUGACAAUCAGGAGUUUAGUCAGCAAACCUUCAUCGAUAUUAUUGAUGAUGAAAAAUCCAAAUCACGCGAAACUGGGAACGAAUAUGCUGAAAGUGAGAUACAACCUACAAAGGUAGGAAAUGAUUUAUCUGGGAACAUUGAAAGGAAAAGUUGCAAUCACGUCGAGCUGAGGUCCAAGUCAACUCAAACAACUAGUGAAUCAGCUACACGUUAUGCCACUUCCGUAGUGGCGCAUCUGAUUUCUGGCAUGAAGCUGCCUGCAUAUAAUAGCUCGUUUAAUGAACCGCAGUUAAAUAAGGAGCUAAAAGUGAUAGAAGCUACAGUGUCUGAUUUCGAAACUCUUGCAAGUGCCAAUCUAAUUUCAGACCUAUUGGAAAAUCCCAAAGUCAUAGAAAGUAUUCUAAGUGGAAAGGAUUCCUCCAUAUUAAUUGAUAGGAAAUCAGUUUUACGUAGCGAUAAAACUGUGCGAUCAGCAGUUGGCAAAGACUUGUCCUCUUUAAAGGGUUCACCAUGCAACAAAUUUGGUUGUUAUAAAAGAGCCUCGGAAAAGCUUGAACAUGACCAUCCAGUCCGAUGCAUAUCUUUAAAUAAAACUGCGGCCUGUCCAUCCAGUCGAAUCUCUUCUCAACACCAGCCUGCUGAAUCAGUUCCUUCAGGAAUGACAUCUAGCUUUAAUCAGAAAGUUCCUUCAAGUAAAAAAGGCAGCUGCAGUCCAAUAAAUCUUAAAUGUCCCAGCGGUAAAAGUUCUACUAAGAGUAAAACCAUUCACGAAAGAUUAGUAGGUGAUGCAGCAAGUGAGAAGGAACUUAAAAAUGUGCAAGCAAGGAAAAUUAGUGGUAGUGAGAGAUGCAUUUAUUUAAUUUGCACGAAUAAGAGACCCCAAGGAAGCUCUAGUUCAAACAACCCGACAUGUUCUACACAAGUCUUUGCCGGCCAGAAAAACGCACCAGAAGUUCAAAACGAGCCUACUGCUGCCAAUAUUUUCAGCAAAACUGACGAAACGAAUGCAACAUGUUGCACUAUAAGGCGACUUCUAACUAAACCGAAAAUUGAAGAACUUGAAUGCCCAGAAGAACGUUCUGAUGAGCUUACAACUGAGAAUAAAGCAGAUAUUGAAACUUUAUCAGAUCGGGAAGUAAUUGUGGAAACUCCAAGUGGAUUCAUUCGGGACAUUAUUGACAAGUCUGUAGUUGUGAUUGAUCGGUUUAACUUAAAACCCAGAGGGUUUGCAGCUUUAGGACCGAAAGAAGCUAAGUGCCCGGAACGCAAAAAUCAGCCUUCACAAGGAUGCUGUUCUUGCCCAAAUGCCCAUGCAAGUCCAAAUAAUGUGGUGCAUGAAAACUUUGAAUACAGGUCAAUAUAUCCAAAUCGAUGCGAUGACUUUGAUAAGGAAAAGCAAGAAAAUUACGAAAUUGGGCAACCAAACGUAGAUGAAAAUCGAGCAAAACUAAGUCCGUGCGUGACCACAACAGAGCAAAAUAGCAAGUUCAAUUUAAAUUUGACGAACUUGUUCAAAGAUUAUGCGGAAACACCAAGCACGGGUAGUCCAGCUUCUCAAAAUCAGGACAGCGAUGAUGCGCGGAAAAUAGAUAAUGACGUCGACAGCUCUCCCCAAAACGAAAACCGUCGAGUUUCUAUUAUGUUGGAUGGAGCAGGGCCAAUGGUGUACUCUUAUAUCGAUUCGAACGCUGACUCUCAAGAUACGAUAUCUGCAGCUAUGUUGUUUGAACAAUUUAGGUCGGAACCGGAAAGCAGCAUCCCGAGCACAAUAACAGUUGGAAACGUGAGGCCCAUGCUUGUUAGAAACUCCAAGGCUCGAUGCAAACCACCUGAGGAAGCCGACAAUGUUUCUAAGGCAGCUUCAUCGAUUCCUUCUCCACAAACAUUGAGUUCAUCUAAAUCCCAUCGAACAAAAUGCUUUUGCAAGGAAAAAGGGUGCAACUGUAUGUUCGAGUGUUUCGGAAAUCUGCUGCAUUCUAUCUCAGACCAUCCGGUAAAACCAGCAGAUAAACUCGAGGAAAAAGAUUCCAAGAAAAGCAAACUAUCUUCAUCGAGUCUUACAACUCCAACAUCUUCAAUAUCGGGUCUCAUUAUUGGUGAAAACUCUUCGACUUAUAAUGGGAUAGCUGCGGAUCACCAAGCAGCUUCUGAAAAAUGUUGCAGAAACCCGAAAAAUCCAAAAAACGAUGCGGAUUCUCUGUAUAUUUUGGCCCCAGUUGUUGUCAAAUCGAAAACUGAAAGCAUGCAAACCAUGAUGAGUAAAUUUUCCAAUGUAGAACUUUUUUAAUAUAAUAAAAUAAUGUUGCUUUCUG